CCCCCUCCCCCCCCCCCCUCCCCCCCAGCGAAGUGUUUCCGGAGCAGCAUGAAUCUGAUUGCCACUUGGGCCAUAACGAGGUUGGCAUCUUGUGCUACCAUUCCAGGAGCGGUAGCGAGCAAUUCCAACUCCCCUUCACCAGCAGCAACGACUAUGACGCCUAUAAGAUCGCAACGCUUUGCAGAUAUGGUACUAAUCAGUACGUUCUCUACACCUACGACUCCAUGGCUGACGCUUGGACCCGCACACCCGCUGCCUUUCCACGGCCGCAGGACGCUCCUAGUCCUCCGAAGCAUCUCUGCAACAAGGUCGUCACUAUAGGAGGCACCAUGGGUUGGGUCGAUCUCUGGGACAGCAUGAUCCUCUGCGACGUGCAUGUCCCUGCUCCUUCCGGGGAGGAGGAACCCCCCGGCCCCAGGCUGCUCCGCUACGUACCGCUGCCGGAGCCAAUGCAGCCGGACAACGGCCUCCCUCUCUAUGGCAUGUCUUCCACUUCGUCCUUCUUCCGGGACAUCGCUGUUGUCAAUGGCCGGAUCAAGUUCGUCGACCUUCAGCUCCAUGCCUGCCCGGGCUCGCGCACCCCGAAUGGUUGGACGGCCGUCACAUGGAGCAUGGCGCCUGCUGAUUCGGGUUUCACCAAGGACGGGGAGCUGAAUUCCCGUGAUAUGGUCAACCCCAUGGAGCCUUCCCUGUUUGUUGGUCACCCCACGCUCAGCUCCUGUAAUGACAAUGUUCUCUACCUGAUGGCCAAGACCAGCCUAUAUGACAGUAUGUCACAGGUGAUUACUGUUAACAUGAAGGAGAAGACGGUGGGGCGAACCGCAAAAUACACCACACAACGAGACGCCAGCAUGGCCUUCGCGUACACGCGCACUACCAUCUCUAACUUUCGCGCCCGAGAUUCAAAGGGCAACAAAAAGCGACCAGGGUCGGUGUUGCACGAAUCCUUUCGGAAGAAGCUGCCUGCGAUCAAUCCCAGCGAAGAUCUGCCUACGAUGGGUGAUGAAGGGGAUCCUAUCCAGUUGGAAUAGAUGUUGGGUAAUAUGGUCACCGUUGUCAGGGGAUGUGGAAGGCAAGAAAUUGUAUCACAUUUCUGUUCAUGAGUAUGACCUCAGCAGGCUAUUUGCAAUUCUGUUCAUGAGUAGUAUGUUGGAUAUUAAGACACAAUUAACCCUUUUGAACUCUGUUGGGAUGACUGUUUGGCCAAUCUAUCAUUAUUCAUUCUGCAUCGUAAUGCUA